AAAACAUAAACAAAGAUGAUUUUAUUUUUUCCAUUUUUAUUUUUAUUUCUGGGAACGGAGUUCGCGCGAGCAAGUGCUUCGAUUCUCGCGGGAGGACGAGAUAUCAUUUUGUCUUCACUUUGGAAGCUGCAAAGUGCAAGAAAGAGGAUGUCAAGAUCAGUGCUUCGGCGGAUGACAGCAUCCAUCUAUUUCAGCAUUGGUCAAAACCACCGGCUCCUGAGCAUUGGUGCGGUGGAGUCCUCUUCAUCACUUGAUGCUGAAGAAGCAGUCCACAUGACUGAGAAUUGCAUCCGGAGAUUAAAAGAGCUGCAUGCAAAAGGCGAAUUUGAUAAGAUGCUUCGACUGAGUGUUGAAACUGGUGGAUGCUCUGGUUUUCAGUAUGCAUUUUUGUUGGAUAACAAGAAAAAUUCUGAUGAUAGGAUUUUUGAGAAGGAUGGUGCCAAGCUAGUGGUUGAUAACAUCUCAUAUGAUUUUGUGAAAGGUGCUACUGUUGAUUAUGUUGAAGAGUUGAUCCGUUCUGCAUUUCUGGUGACAACAAAUCCUAGCGCUGUUGGUGGUUGCAGCUGCAAAAGCUCAUUUAUGGUUAAAUAGUGGCUGCUGUGGCUUACUCUAAUGGUGCAUGUUCAUGUAUAUUUGUUUUUUGACUUGCAAAAAUUCUGCAAUUUUUAUGAAUGUAUAAUGAUCUUGAAUGUAAUAUGAUUUCCAUAAAUGAAGUUGUCUAUGAAAGUUGGAUUUGCA